GCCUGUUGGCAGAGAAGGGCCAGAUGACAACCUGAAACCCAGCCAAGCCUACAGCUGUGGUCGCUGGUGAGGUCAACUCCAGCAAAUCGGAGGCAUCAAUAAUCUUUUUUGGGUAGUCCUCCAUUAUUUUUCCCAUUCUCAUCUUGAUAGAGGGGUAUCUAAAAGUACCAAUCAAAUUAAGAAAAAACAGAAACCUCCUACUGCCUUCCACCACAGCACUGUAGUCAAGAACUUCUGUUCCAUCAAGACACUUAGUCAUUGACCAGUCAUCUGCCAACCAAUCAUCUGCCAGCCAGUCCUCAGUCAACUAGGCAUGAACCAAUCAGGCACGAACCAAUCAAGCUUACCAGACAUGAAUCAACCAGGCAUGAGCCAGUCAGGAAUGAGCUUAUUUGGUAUGUACCAACUGGACAUAAGCCAACCGAACACAAGUUUACUUGACAUGAACCAACUGAGCAUGAAACAACCAGGUAUGAGCCAACCAGGGGUGAGGCAAGGAGGCACAUGCCACCUAGGCCUGAGAAAACCAGGCCCAAGCCAGUCAGGCACAAGUCAAUCAGGUAUGAGGCAAACAGAUCUGAGCCAAUUCAGCAUAAGUCAACCAGGCCCAAGCCAACCAGGCAUGAAGCUACCAUGCUCAAGCCAAUUCAGCACAAGUCAACUAAGCCUGAGGCAAUCAGGCCCAAGUCAAACAGGCAUGAGGCAACCAGGCCUGAGCCAAUUCAGAAUGAAUCAACCAGGAAUGAGGCAACCAGGCUGGAGUCAAUCAGGAACAAGCAAAGCAGGCAUGAACAAACCAGGCCCAAGCCAACCAGGCAUAAGCCAACCAGGAAGGAGCCAAUCAGGCAUGAGGCAACCAAGAAUGAAUUCUUUCCGAGUAAGACCUGCAGAGGCUCAUGAUUGCCCAGAAAUCCUGCACCUAAUUAAAGAAUUGGCUUCCUGUGAGAACAUGCUGGAUGCAGUGAAGUUAACAGUAACGAAUUUACUCGGGGAUGGCUUUGGGAACAAUCCCCUUUUCUAUUGCCUGAUUGCAGAAGUACACAACCAACAAAAACCAUCAGGCAAAAUGACUAUUGGAUUUGCCAUGUAACACUUUAUGUAUGACCCCUGGAUUGGCAAGUUACUUUACCUAGAGGACUUUUAUGUCAUACAAGCUUACCGAGGUCUAGGUAUUGGAGCAGAAAUGCUGAAAAGGUUAAGUCAGAUAGCCAUCAGAAGCCAAUGUAACUGCAUGCACUUUCUUGUUGUCAUUUGGAACCAGGCUUCUAUUGACUACUAUACUCAUCGAGCUUUAGAUCUUUCCUCUGAGGACGGGUGGCAUCUGUUCAGGUUUAACAGACAAGAACUUAUGGAUAUUGCAAAAGAAGAGUGAAAGAUAACUCAUUUCAACUAGUCCCAACAUGUGCUCCAACAGUUGAAUGUCACCUGAGUCCAACAGCAGUUUGACUUUGAGUGUUGUACAAUACAGCAAGUGAUCAAACUCUGGUUUGAGCAGAUCUUUUACUUUGAAACAGAUUUGGCAGAUACAGUCAACUUUCCUUUCUUUAUCCAAACUAAUAUACUAAUGACUAGUAGCAGAGCUGAUGAUCCAAAAGAGCAGAUAAAUCAAGAAUCACUUAAAAAAAUCACUUUAUACUUAGCAUUAGGAUAUUUUUUACCUACCAUAUCUCACUAAAUUUAAGAUGCUUGUAUUUUCACAUCUUUAACACAGCUGAAAUUGGGAUAAGUAUAAUGAUCAACUUGCAUCAUUUUAAGA